AUGGCAUCAAAAACCCCCGCACCAGCUUCAACAGAGCAGCCGAAAUUCAAGCUCUACUGGCUCGAGCAAUCGCGCUCCCAACGCAUCCUCUGGCUCCUGGAAGAACUCAACCUCCCCUACGAACUGCAGAUCUUCAAACGCGACCCGACAACCCAUCUCGCGCCACCAGAGCUCAAAGAGAUCCACCCCCUCGGCAAAUCCCCCGUCUUGUCCAUCACGCCCCCCAACUCUCCCCCCAUUGUCAUCGCCGAAUCGGCGCUGAUUAUCGAAUACCUGCUUGAUCAUUUCGCGGUUGGGAGUAAGAGUACGCUGUUGCCGAAACGGUAUGAGGAGGGCAGGGAGGGUCAGGUUGGGGGCGAGACGCAGGAAUGGCUGCGGUUUAGGUAUUUUAUGCAUUAUGCUGAGGGCAGCUUGAUGAUUAUCUUGAUGUUGUAUAUGGUUGCUAGUAACAUCAAAGCCUCACCCGUUCCCUUUUUCAUAAAGCCCAUCACAACCCGCGUCGGCGACAAGAUCAUGACUUCCUUCGUCGAACCGAACUGCAUAACGCACUUCUCGUUCCUCGAGUCCCAGCUCAAGACCUCGAGCGGUCAAUAUCUCUGUGGUAAACAUCUGACCGGUGCCGAUAUCCUGCUGAGCUUCCCUUUGAUAGCCGCAAAGGGCUCGGCGCUCACUAAGGAGAAAUACCCGGGCGUGUGGGCGUAUACUGAGAGGUUGGAGAAGGAGAAGGGGUAUGAGAAGGCGGUGGAGAAGAUUGUGGAGAUUGACGGCAAGUUUGAGGCUAGUUUGCCU